CACCAUCGAAAACGACACCGUUACCUUCAGAUUUACUCCUCAACGACAACCACUCGCCGCCUACCUGGAAGGUCGCCCCAUGCUACAAUUACAUCCGCCACGCUUAAAAAAAUAAAAAAUAAAAAAACUCAAAAAGUAUAUAUGUAUCACAACAGGAAAAAAAUGAUAAAUCCGAACAAUACCGUAAUUUGAGGUUAAUUCCAGAUAGAUUAUCCAAUACCUUUCCCUCUCGCGCCUUAAAUUCUUUCUAUUUUUAUUUCUGAUUUGGAUAAUUGAAUACAGAUAAUCUAUAGAUCUGGAAUUUCUAUUUUUUUUUGCCGGAGAUUCUAAUUCUUUUUAGCGAUUUUUUGAUUUUAGGGUUUAUUUCUUUGAAACAUUCUUUUUGGUGUAAAUUAUUUGUAUUAUUUUUUGGAAAAUCAAAUUAGAGGAAGAAGUGAGCGAGACUGAAAUCUUGGCAAUUAGGUUAAUAAAAAUAUGGCUUCACAAUUUGAUCGGUGGGAAAAAGAUCCAUUCUUCUCUGCCGCCGAGGAGGUUCAGGAAUCUGCCGACAGGAUGGAGUCAACUUAUAGGACAUGGAUUCAUUCUAUGAAGGAUUCCGGCAGUCUUUGGAACUCCGAUGAGCUUCGUAGAGACCUUCGUACUGCCCUUGGCACGACUAAAUGGCAGUUGGAGGAAUUUGAACGAGCAGUUAGUUCAAGCUACACGAAUAAUGCAGCUGAUGAUGCCAAGGAUAGACAUAGGGAGUUCGCUAUUGCAAUCGGGAGCCAGAUUUCAAAGGUUGAAGCCUCGUUAAAUGAAUCAGCUGUUUCUCGGGGAAAACCACCAAAUCCAUGGGUACAUCUGGAUGAGGGAGAAAGUGACGAGCUGGCUUUGUUUCUCUCAGGACCGUCAGCGUCCUUUUCUGGGGAUAAAAACUUUGGAAGACUCCAUGGUAGAGAGCAGCAAAUAGCAAAUUUGCAGGAGGGUGAUAAGCAAUCAGAACUGAAGCAUCCUACAAAUUCUUCUCAUUCUUUGGAGUUGGGGCAACUGGAGAGUAAGGAGGUGAAGUUGCCUGGGCACCGCAGAACUGCUAGUGCUAAUGCUGACAUGGGUUACUGGAAGGUUUCAGUUGCCGAGGAUGCAUUGCCUCAGAGUUCACCAGAUGUUCAAUCAGAUCUACCACCGCCAAAGAUUCCGAGCUUUUCUGGUUUUCUGAAUACGAUAGAAUCUGCAGCUAAGUUGAAGUGGUCAAAGAAUGGUUAUAGGAAAUUGAAGCUUUCAGAUCAACAUCCAGAAGCUGAUACUCCAUUACCUCGAACUCAGCCCUUGACUCGAGGCAUUAACUUGUGUUACGAGAAGAGUAAGAGUUGCCUUGAGGGUUGUGAUGAAUGUUAUGAUAAGCAACUUUAUGGUUGGUAUGGCGCCAUCCAAAGACAGCUCCAAAGAUCUCAGUAUCACAUGCAGUAUAGUAGACCCAUGCAAGUCGUCUUUUCAGCUGUCAUCCUUCUCUGUGUGAUUGUUUUAUUGGCAUCUCGUGGGUUCUGAAGAACACUAUGAUCCUUGUAUUGGCAGUCACGGAGGUAUGCUGGCAUUCUUGAUGCUAUUAGGUGAUGGACAGAGCUACAAUUUGCUUCUCUUUCACCUGAUUUUAUGCUUGGGAAUGAAAGCUCUAAUUAGGUUUGCAAAUCAAUUUUACUACAGUAAUUCCCACCUAAUGCUCUUCUGAUAAUUGUUAAAUUUUAGUUCAGAUGAUGGUGGGUGAAUUUGUUGUAAAAAUGUAUAAUCUCAGGAUAAUUAGCUCUACUCCACUGGCUAGAUGAUGCAGCAUAUUACUUUUCCUUUUCUCCAGUGUUUUUCGAGUCCCGCUUUUAUCAUUUAUGUGCAAUGAUAGUUCUUGUACCAUGUGCUUCUUUGGAAGCCAAAAUACACUUACUUUCGUCAGUGUUGCUUCAUGAUAUUUUGUCCUAUAGCAUUAUAGUGUUCUCUUGGAAAGCCAUGAUGUAUAAAGUAACGAGACAGUAUCAACUUUGUGUAGAAUUUGUCUGGGCGUCCUCUCAUUUCUAUGUCCGUAAAAUAACAGAUCUGAUUCCACAGUUAUGUUUUAUAUUUUGUUUUUCCAGUUAUGAGGUUCGUGGUGCUAGUCAUGCUUGCCUAAUAUUAGUUUUAUUCCCUCAUGUAUUCGAUUCAUCAAAUAUGUUGCACCAGUAAAGGACUUUCAAUAGUUAAAAACGUGCUCAUUGAAGUUGUUAUCCAGUGAAUUGGAAGCCAAAAGGUUUGUGACAUUAUGUCUUCUGUCAAUUUGGGAAAGCAAAUGUCUUGUGCUUGUAUCUUGUAGUUGCAGGGUGACUGCUUCGGAGAUUGCUUAAACCCCUCUACUGCAUCAUUAAGUUCUUAUCCUGAUUCUAUCUUUUUCAUUUUCUUCAGGACCAGAUCGAAAUUAUUCACCAUUUACCUUCUUAUUUCGGAGAUUCCUUGAACCCCCGCAAUGCCUCAUGGGUUAAGGUUCUCUUAAAUAAUUUCUACUUUCUAGACGACCACCUUAAUAGUUUCACCAUUUACCCUUCAACCUGCUCUAGCUUAGCUUCUUUUCGGGUUGGAGCAGUGUCCGCUGUCCACUUCCACUUGUACUACUGGAUAACGCCUUGCUUGAAGUACCCUCUCUUUAAAGGCGCUUGGCUAGCUGAGGGCCAACCGGACCUGGACCAACUGCCUUCACUUCAGAUACCUUUUUGUGUUUGAGAUUGGAAGUGCAUGUAUGGCUGCUAAGAUCCUACCUCACCUUAAUUGGGCUUCUGAAAUUCCAUCUGCUUAAAAGGAAGUCACGCUGCCCAACUUUCUGGCACAGCUUAUUUACUCCACAUCCUUCUAUAGAAGAAGAAAGGCAACGGGUAUACUAGACGCCCACAAUGUAAAUGUAGCAGCAUCAGGAGAGCAGCAAGCAGUGCUUGCUCAUGGUUUUGGGACUGAUCAGUUUAUAUGGAAGUGCUUGGUGUCCCAUCUGCUUCACGACCAUCGUGUUGUCCUCUUCGAUAACGUGGGAGCAGGUGCGACAAACCCCGAUUAUUAUGAUUUUGAACACUGCUCCACCGUCGAGGGUCAUGCAUUUGACCUCUGGGCAAUCUUAGAGAGAGAGAGAUCCAGGAGUGGGCAUAUCUGGAGAUCUAAAUGCGUGCCUGUCCUCUUUCUGCUGCAGAAGUACCAUCGUUGGUUGCAUUUGCUGUGUCAGGUUGCAUGUUUACUUAGGUUUGAACAGUUGUGGAAAUGGCUGAGGUUACUUGCCCUUGUUAACUUCUAAAUCUAACGUUUUGAGGUUAAUGAAAGAUUUUACCAAUUAUAAUCGGAAAGUUGUAUCCCAGACUCUCAUCACAAGUCAAUUUACAGUGUUGUGAACCA